AUGGCUUCCGCAUGUGACAAGAACCUAGGAGAAGGGUGUUCCAACAUAGGUGCCGAAAGCAGCACCCGCAAGAGGCCGAGGGGAAGGCCUGUGAAGGUGGGGCACUUUCAUGACGAUGUUUGUCCAAGCCAUUUCGCCAAGGUUGUCAUGUCACAUGGCCUGGAAUUGUUGCCAAAGCCCGAAGGCUUUAGGCGGUACAUUGGCCAAGUCCCCAAGACCAUUAUGCUGAAGACCAACGCCAGCUGCUCAUGGAUGGUCAAGGUGAGAGAAGUCGACGGAAAGAUUUCCAUGGAUCAAGGCUGGGCGGGUUUCGCAAUCGCUCAAAAAAUCAAGAUCGGGUACUUCAUGACCUUCAAGGUGCUCAGGGACGAUGCCUACAAGGUUGCCAUCUUUGACUACUCCAUGAUUGAGAUCGUUAAAAAGUGCCCACAACAUGAUCCUUCCCCUUGCCAUGAUGCAAGAGUGAAAGCUGGUACUGGUAAUCUCUGUUGA